GACCUUUUCUUGCAGUUGUUGCCCAUCUGGAUGUCUUAAUUCCUUCCCCCUUUGUCCUUCAUUUCUUCAAACUGUUGAUAUAAGUAACCAUAUUUUCAAGUCACUUUUUUCUUGGGAACUUCUCCCGUUCUUUUUGAUUGCUCUUGUAAGAAAGUAAUGAGCCAGCUCCGUGCUAAUCCAUCUACCCACUUGAUUCCUCCAAAGACACAACACCAAUACGAUGAUUCGGCAUUAGAAGGGGUGACAGCCAAUAUAAAGCUGUUGCUAAAACUCAUCCAGGAUCAUAAAGAUGCCUGUGACAAAGAGAAAAAUGACAGCAGGAGGAUGCUGAGGGUGGCCACAAUGAUUACCAUCCUGGAUAAUGUAAGGGACAGAAUCCAGAAAUCCCAAUCCUUUGGCAACAAAAGAUCAGAAGCUGAUCUCAGGAGGUGCAACACUGAUCUGAGGCCUGAUAACAGGCAAAGCGGUGAACCGGCAGUGGAUGAAGAGAACGAGAGGCUGAGAAAAGAGCUGAACACAAGCUUGGCCGCACGGAAAAGCCUCCAGGCUAUGUGCUCCAGCUUCGGAAAAGAGAAGGAGAUAAUGGCUGCACAGCUCUCAAGGAAGGUGCAAGAACUGAAUGGGAUGGAGGAACUUGUUAAUGAUCUUAAGGCACAAAAUCAGACAUUGAUGCAGAAGGUACAAGAAUGUGUUUCCAAGCACAAGGAGAAGAAAUAUGGUGGCGUUGGAGGAGGAGAAUCACAGGGGAAUGUGGCCCUGCAAGAGCGCAACAAGGCACUCUCGGAACAGCUUUUGAAGUCACUCGACGGAUAUCGAUCUAUGAAGAGGAAGCUGAAACUAGCACGAGAGGAGAAUGUUAAGAUGCAUGCCACUAUGGAUGAAAUGAGGGAGAAGAUCACGAGAAGCCUCGAGAGAGUUGGAAGCUUUAAAGAGCGUCUAUCGCUGUCUUCUGGAAGCAAUCCACAGAUUGAUGUUCAAGAGGAAAUCGUAGCACUGGAGAGCAUGUUUGAGUGCUUCCAAAUGAUGGUGGCAAAAUAUGAUAAGAAGCAAGGGGAAUGCAUUCAGCCCAAGGGGGAGAUCAGUGCUUGUAAGCCUUCUGUUCUAGCAUGAGAAGAAGAGGCAAAUUAGGAGCAGAGACACAGGACCGAGUCUAAUGUCCUUACUAGUUUCUUCCAUGCUCAUGUAUUAAUUAGUUUUUCUCUAAGUGAUAGCAAGGUAAUAAGAUAUAAUCAGGUGAAAGUUAAGCAAAGAGGAGCGUUUGUGUUAUACAUUUCUUCAAUGCGUGGAAAUGGCUGCCGAUGAUGAUUCGUGUAGCUCAUUAGGCUGUAUUGUACUUAAAUAGCUGUCCAUUAGUGUUUUUUUUUUGGCAUUGACAGCCUAAUAAGUUUUGGGCAAGGUUUGUGA